AUGGACUACUCGCGGCAGCAAUUCUUCGGCGGCCCUCAGCCCUACCAGUUCAUGAGUAUGCCGCCGUUGACUCCGUCCAACUCCCACUCGGCGGGUUCGGACGACUUCAACACCACUUCGCCUCCGGAGGUUUUCGACCCCUUCCCCAGCGAACAGCAACAAUACCAAGCUGCCUUCGACGGUGCCUUUCCCACCCAAUUCAACCAGACCACCACCUUCCCUGGCCCCCCGACUCCCCCGAGUAACAAUGCCAUCACUACGCAGCAGGUCGCGCAGCCGCUGCUGAACGGUGCGGCCCAGGUUAAGCAGCACACCCUCGAUGGUCUGUCGAUCGCGAAAGUCGAGUCGAGUGGCGACGAGCAACGCAACGCACAGCAAGCGUACAACCAGAGCCGGAGGGGCCAGUCGAAUUCUGACGAAGAUGAUCUGACCCCUGCGCAGUCUAGGCGCAAGGCCCAGAAUCGAGCAGCUCAGCGUGCUUUCCGCGAGCGCAAGGAGCGACAUGUCAAAGACCUAGAGCAGCGGCUUGCCAACCUCGAGGAGUCGCAGCAGAUUGCAGUUGCCGAGAAUGAGCGCCUGAAGCAGGAUCUACAGAAGAUUAGCACGGAGAACGAGAUUCUCCGGGCCACCAGCGGCCUUCAGAACGGCCACAGCAACAGCUCUCUCUCCCCUGAGCCUACUACGACCGGUCCUAUGCACUACAACCCCACCGACUUCUACUCCAAUGUGCUCUCGAACCACGCGAACAAGACGCCCAGCCACAGGAUCGUCACCUCCGACGAUGGCGAGCGCCUCCUCGCGGUCGGGGCCGCCUGGGACCUCAUCAUCUCGCACGACCUCUACAAGCGUGGUCUUGUUGAUAUUGGUGACGUGAGCGAGCGCAUAAAGAACCAAGCUAAGUGCGACGGCCAAGGACCCGUCUUCUCCGAACGCGAUAUUAUCAAAGCCAUCGAAAGUAGUGUGGCUAGUGGCAGCGACGAACUGUUAUAA